UUUUGGGUCACUCUGUUGCUCGCUUCCAACUUGUACCUACUUCGUUUGGAUUUUUAUAGAGGUGCCUUUCGCUUCACUAAACUUGCAACAUAGCAUAGUUUAGUAUUUUCAUUUCAUUCUACCGAGAAAGCUGGCGGGUGUGCAAAAGUGUUAAAAUACUAAACGAAAGUGUUGCAAAUUUAUGUUAAGCACCUCUUAGUGUUUUUAUUUUAGGAGUUAGUUGAUGAUAUAGUAAAGGGUUGCGGGCGCGACGAGUGGUGAGGCGGAAUCAUGGAUGACGAUCAGCAGUUUUGUCUGCGGUGGAACAACCACCAGUCUACUCUAGUCUCCGUGUUCGAUACACUGUUGGAGAAAGGCAUUCACGUGGACUGUACCCUGGCUGCAGAAGGACAGACGCUGAAGGCGCACAAAGUGGUCCUGUCCGCAUGCAGUCCCUAUUUCGAGAAUGUACUAUCCCAACAGUAUGACAAGCAUCCAAUUAUCAUUCUAAAAGAUGUCAAAUAUGCCGAGUUGCGAGCCAUGAUGGAUUAUAUGUACCGCGGUGAAGUAAACAUAUCACAGGACCAGUUGGCCGCACUGCUGAAAGCGGCAGAGUCCUUACAGAUAAAGGGUCUCUCAGACAACAAGCCAUCCCGGCCACCGUCGCGCCCCGCACAAGCUGCCCCUGCACACCCGCCUCGUGCGCCCUCUCCACCACCACAGGGGCGGUCGAGCAGCUCGGAGCGGCGCGGGGGCUCGCUGUCGCCCAGCAGGCGGCGCAAGGUGGCGCGCCGCUCGCUGGACGCGGAGCCUACCAGCGAGCCGCCGCCCUCGGAUGACGCGCCGCCCUCCAGAGACACCGUCGAGGACCUCACCAUUGACGAGGACCACGACCAGACCCCGCAACACAACGACGUCGUGCGCAAUUUCCAAUGGCACAUGGAACGAUCUCAAGAUGAACUGAUGAACUCUAACGACAGCAUCCGGGAGUCGCAAGAGCUGCACAAGGAGCUCCCCUCGGCUCUGUUGUCGCUGCUGUCGGGCCGGCAGGGCGGCGCGCUCGCCCCGCCGCGCCUGCAGCUCGCCGCCGCUCUGCACUCGCCCCAGGCGCUCGACGCGCUCGCCGCCGUGCCCGACACCAUGAAGCCGCUGCUGCUGCAGCACGCCUUCCUGCAGAACAACAACACGCUCGCCCUCGCCGACUACAAGCCCAAGCGCGACGACCACGACUCGGACGCCGAGUACGACGACACCGACGACAUCGUGCUGCCCGACGAGACGGAGGCGUUGUACGAGAGCGCGGCGGCCGGCCUGGGGGCGGGAGUGGGGGGCGCGCUCGAUCCCUACGAGGCGCUCGACGCCAAGGGCGAGGGCAAGGGGUACGGCAAGCGCGAGGGCAGCGGCUCGGACGAGGCGAGCCGGCAGUUCGAGUGUCGGCACUGCGGCAAGAAGUACCGCUGGAAGUCCACGCUGCGCCGGCACGAGAACGUGGAGUGCGGCGGCAAGGCGCCCGCGCACCAGUGCCCCUACUGCUCAUACCGCGCCAAGCAGCGCGGCAACCUCGGCGUGCACAUCCGCAAGCACCACCACGACGAGUGGUACGCCUUCGCCAGCAACAAGGUGCGCCGCAACAAGAAGACCUCCGUCUAUAUUUCUUUCGAGACAGCACCCUGGGACUCGGGCGAGCUGAGGCCGCACGAGCCCGCUGCAACCUGCUCCAAACUGCUCCAAGUAGACGAGAAAGCCCGGCGCGGCGUUAUAGAGCGCGGCAUGACGUGGUGGGUGACGUGGGUUUCAGGGCCGGAGGACGUGUCGUUCUCGCGCAUCGGCGGGCUGUCGUGGGAGCAGUGGUCGGCGCGGCUGGCGCUGCCGCUGUGCGGCGGCGUGCGGGGCGCUCGCGAGGCGGCGCGGGAGCCGCGCGACGGGCGCGACGCGUGCUUCGCGUGCCCCGACUGCGGCCGCGGCUACAAGCUGAAGUCGUCGCUGCGCAACCACCAGAAGUGGGAGUGCGGCAAGGAGCCGCAGUUCCAGUGCCCCUACUGCGUCUAUCGCGCCAAGCAGAAGAUGCACAUCGCGCGCCACAUGGAGCGCAUGCACCGUGAGCUGCACGUCAAGCCGGAGCCGUACAUCAAGCAGGACAACGUGGACGCGUGCAUGUAGCGUCCGCCAGAUUGUGAUAGAUGUGAUGCAAGCCUUGUGAUAGUGGCGCCGGUGACGCGCUACAUACCUACCGUACGAUUUUUAAACUCAUGACGAAUUACUGCUAGUAUUCGCGCUGAUUGCACUAUUUGCAGCGGUGCUACCGACUGUUGCAUUUAUUCACUAUACGUUAAGGAAAGUGAUUUCGUGUCUAGGUACGCUUUUUUAAUUUUUUUUAUAUAUUUUAAUAUGUACAGCAUUUAAACUGUAUUUUAUCAUUCCUGGUUUACUCGAGUAGGUAGGCGUUAGAUUCGAUAGACGGAUUUCCUCGCGCAGGAAGCGUAGUUUGUAUUUGUUACCAAUCGCAGUUACUAUUUGCUAAAUGAAGACGACGACUUUUGGGGCGGGGAGGCGGAGCCGCCGCAAGCCCCGCUGGGCCGCGCGGUGCCGCGGUAUCGUCUUGUAUACCUAGCCUAGUUUUAAUCGAAAUGAAGCUAUUUUCGCUUAGUUAGCAAGCUCUAGUUCUUUGCCAUAAUGCAUGUUCCAUUAUUUUGUAAUACUCAGAUAAGUUAAUUUUUAAUGGAUUAUUUUUAGAUCUCUUUACGUGUAAUGCAUUUAUAUUAAUUAAGAACUCAUUUGAAAUUAUAUUUUGAUAAUGUAACGCGAUCAAUUAGAGAAGCUCUCGAUAGAUAAGUUCCUCGUGAUGAAGUAUUUUAGUAGAGGUUUCCUCGACUCCGGGACCAAUGCGGUUGUUCAGAGACGUCUCUGCGAGUGCCUUAUGUCGUAGUUGUUGACGUGGCCACUGCCAUUCAAAUAUAUAUUGAAAUCGUACACAAAAUGUUUGUUUGUUACGUUUGAUGUUGUAAUGAAUCUUCCACGUAGUUACUCUUAAGUAUUUUAUACAUUACCAUUUAGGAAUUAUAAGAAUUAGUCUGUAGUCGGGUAGGCAGAUAUACUCAAUCGAUCAAAAGCCGCUUUAUUUUAUAAUUUUAAAGUUAAAUCGUUAAAAUGUUCCUCAAGAUGUGUCGUAUCGAGAUUGGAAUGAUGUAUGUGUGAAAUGAAUAGAAGACGCAUAGAAAGUAACUUGCCAUUGAGUAUUUCUGCAUAUUUACUACAUUAUUAUUAGAUAUCCGUCGGAGUUACCAUCGUACAAUCAAUGUAGAGUUCACAAAGUACAAGCAUGCAAGUCAAUUCAAUAUUAAUAAGUGCCUUUGAAACGUUAGUCAUUAGGAUUUAAAACAUUUCAAUGCGAUACAUUGAAAUCGAUGAAUAUGUAACUUGUUAUUGCUAAAUAUCUAGGUUGUGACAAACACGUUCGCACCGUAUCAUUCGAAUUCCUGACAAUAAUGAGUAUUACAUAGCUGUGAUAAAGAUACUCUCAAAUAUAAGUAGAGCGAGUCGGCGAGCCGACAUCUGCAGGCCUAGUGAUAUGUCCUACAAUAUUUGCUGAAACUAAACACAAUGACAUUGUCAAUAAGAAGUUGCAGUGAUUUGAAAUGCAUUUGAUUGUAUUUUUAUAACCUUUUUUGUAUUUUUAAUAAAGUUGCUAUUCUUGAUA